GGUCGAGCUGUUGAAUGACGGCCGUAGCUCUGUUGACACUUAAGAGACAAGAGAGACUCCUGGACUCAUACGGGCCUACCCUUUUUUAACACUUCCAGCGUGUGAAGAUAUCAGGUGAAAGAGGAGCAGCGCCUAAUCGGUUAUUUAGUGUCCGGCGGAUGUUACGGUCUGCGUGACGGGAAAACACCGUGUGGAAAUCGAGCGGACGUCUUCACAGGUUGAUGAUCCGUAUUUGGCACCAAGCAGCAAAAGUAAAUACAUGGUUGUAGUCUAUAGGCUGUCUGUAGUGACACGGGCUUACAUUAAAGAUGAACUAGGCGGUGCCUGUUUAUUCCUGGAAGAACACAGAACAGAAUGAGACAUUUAACGUUUCCAGGUUGGGCUUUAUUCGCUAAAGUUCACGCUCAGGCUUGUGCUACGAGCAGCGUGUAGGAGGAUAGUCUGUGUGUAAGGGACCCUCUGUGUUGCACAUUUUGACAGAUAGCCAAUCAAAUCUGUUAUUCAAAUCCGUGCUCUUAUGUCAGUGACCUAUAUCUCAUGCAUGUGCGCCAGUAGCCCACAAUAACCUCUCCACCAGACCAGACGGUAUGGGGAUCAACGGGUUAGACAAUCAAGCGCAGCCCUCCAGCGGAGUGUCCCGGACGGAGGAGCCAGCUGCAGACCCUCAGACGGAGCAGAGCGAUGCUCCCCAAGAAGCAGACAGGAGCAAGGAAAAUCAGGCGGCGGGCAGCGACUGUAAGAUCCCGCAGGAGGACAGCACUGUGCAGCUGAUUGAGGCCGGGAGCAAGCCGCCACUCUCCCCUUCGGCGUCUGACUCUGAGGCGGCUGUCCAGGUGGAGGAGCACGGGCACGGAUCUGCAUUCGUCCCGCCUGAAGGAGGAUUCGGCUGGCUGGUGGUUUUUGCGGCAACCUGGUGCAAUGGAUCAAUCUUCGGCAUUCAAAACUCUUUCGGCAUCCUUCACAUGAUGUUGAUGAAGGAGCAUGCAGACCCAGACGACAAGACUUCUCAGUUCAAAGUGGCCUGGGUCGGGGCCUUGGCCAUGGGCAUGAUCUUCUUCUGUUCACCUGUGGUCAGCAUGUUCACAGACCGCUUCGGCUGCAGGAAGACAGCAGUCAGUGGGGCAUUGGUGGCUUUUAUAGGGCUGCUAAGUACAUCCUUUGCAAACUCCCUGAGCCUGCGCUAUUUCACAUACGGCAUACUGUUCGGCUGUGGCUCCUCCUUUGCCUUCCAGCCCUCAUUGGUCAUCCUUGGCCACUACUUCCGCCAGCGCCUUGGUCUGGCCAAUGGUGUGGUGACGGCUGGUGCCAGCCUCUUCUCCAUGGGCAUUCCGGUUUUACUCAACAAGGUGGUGGAACCUCUGGGUCUCAGCAGGACCUUCCAGAUCCUCAGCCUCUUCAUGCUGGUCCAGGCCCUGCUGGCGUUGAUGUUCAAGCCAUUACUGCCUGCCGGAGGAGGCAUGGGACCCCCAGGCAUGGGUCCUGGCCCAGGAAAACCGCAAACCCAGUCAGGGGCCACUGCACAGGGGGGGAGCAGGUGGAGCAAGGUCCUUGGUGGGAUUAGGAAAUACUUCAACCUGCGGGUGUUUCACAUCGUGACAUACCGAUUGUGGGCGUUUGGAGUAGCUACAGCUGUACUUGGCUACUUUGUGCCAUACAUCCAUCUGAUGAGUUUUGUGAAGGAGCAGUUCAAGGGAACCCAGAAAGAAUGGGUUCUCCUGGUCUGCAUAGGAGCUUCAUCUGGGGUGGGACGCCUUGCUUUUGGCAAGAUUGGAGACCUGAUUCCUGGUCUGCAAAAGGUCUACAUGCAGGUGGUGUCCUUCAUAGCUCUGGGCCUGAUGUCCAUCUUGAUCCCUCAGUGCUUGGUGUUUGAGGGGCUGGUGGUUGUGUGUGUGUUCCUUGGGCUGUGUGAUGGCUGCUUCCUCACCAUGAUGGCUCCCAUAGCAUUCGAGCUGGUUGGGCCCAUGCAAGCGUCGCAGGCUAUAGGCUACCUCCUCGGCCUGAUGUCUCUUCCUAUGACCGCGGGUCCACCCAUCGCUGGUCUCCUACACGAUUACUUUAAGGACUACACUGUGGCCUUCUCCCUGGCGGGGGUGCCUCCUAUGGUGGGGGGCGUGGUGCUGUUCUUCGUGCCCCUGAUACACCGCAGGCUCCAGGCAGCGGCAUCAGCAGACGAGACGUCCACCCACAUGCUUCCUGCCGCUUCACCGGCGGAGGAGCAGAAGAGCUCUAAUGGAGACAUUCUGCCGGGCUAUACUGACGUAGAGACACACAUCUGAGUCGCACCAUUCAAAGGGAUUCAGCCCACCAGCACCUUUACUCAUCCUUAGAUUUCCCUCCUUUCAACCAUGGACUUCCUGUCGGCUGACCUUUAAACCUCUCACCCUCCUGGACUCUCAUUGCUUGUUUGUUAUUUUCAUGUGGAGAGAAAUUGAAAAGGGUGCUCUGGAUACAAGCCACAGAGAGGACAAAAAGAAGUCACAUCAGUGCAGGAUGAUGGGAAAGUCUAAGGAGGAUAAGCACAGCACAGUUUCAACUAGGAGUGUUUAAUCAGCGUGGACUCUGUAGUAACAUAUACCUCCAAAAGUAAUGAUUUUAACUGACUGUGGUUUCGGAAAUCACAGCAUUUAUUCUUCUACUUUAGCUUUAUGAAGCUGUAAAAAAAAAAUGCUAUGCUUUGUUUCUAGAUCGUAGUUAGGAUAAGAGGCAUAUAAAACAAGAAUUAGUGAAGGGAUAAAUUCAUACUCUCUUUAUGUCGUUCCUCAUGCGUCACGUUUUUUAACACAUUGCAUUUUAUUUAGUUUGUGUAGUUGAAUCACAAUCUCACAUUGAGUGGUUUGCUUAAUUCUAUUUUUGCAGUAUUCGGCUGUGACUGCUUCAGGAGGGACAUUAGUUCCUUUUGUAAAUUUCACAGGAGGUAACAGACAAUUCUUCUAUGAAAUCAUCCACCAGACACAAUCACCUCAACUCAACCGCACACUCACACCCAGGGUCCAAAGCAAUGACUUUAACUACUCUACCAGCCUCCCCGAAUGGGAGUCAGAUGGGAUUGCAACAGUUGUUGAUUCACACUGGAGUGUUACAUAUUUUUCGCGGAUUGAAUUUAGGUCAGUGACUUGGCAGCUUGUUGCAGGUUAACCUGUGCAGUCAGCAGGGGGGGAGUUGUGAGAGCUGUGCAUCCGCUGCCUGGAUUCCUUGAAAUUAACACUACAGUUGACUUCUCGUGUACAGCCUUAACUCUUAGCAUGUGUUUAUUCAAAUCAUCAUUAGACUUUUCAGCAGGGUGCUAGACAAAUCUGCGUUUGUUACAGAAAAUAUUUCACAGUAGUGGACACACUGUAUUCCUGUUGGAAACAUGCAGUCCUAAAUUGAGAUUAACGCUGUUGGUAAUUUAGGUUUCUUUUAAAUUUCAGAUGUAUAUCAGUUUAUCCUUUCCUCAGUGGGAAUGUGUGUCAGCGGCUUGUGCAGUUUUAAAAGUAAUGGCGAAACAAUGUUACACUUUGUUUUUGAGAGGGGACUACUGAGAUUAAAACUGCCAAAUGGCCUGAGUCCUCGUCAGGCCAUCUCACAGAUAAUCGAUUUUAAUAUGCUGCUUUUGUUAAAUUUCUAGUCAUGAGGGAGACACUCACUGUGUUGGCAGUAAUGAAACUCAAGAGGACAGUUUGCAGUUAUUGUGUUUCAUAAACAUUUGGACCACUUACCUCUGCACUUGCACGUUUUUGAAUCAUAAAUUAAUGGACAGAUGGGAAGUAGAGCUGCAAACAUUUUGAGUAUGAGUUACACUCUGUGGUUGAAUGAGGAGCAGAGAUGGGCAUCGGUACACAGUAAGGAUGGAGACUCCCUGGUAUUCAGGUGCCAUACCAUUCGGUCGAUACCCCUCUUUGCGGUCACUGACAUCACUCACUCGGCUUCUUGUGUUACAGAAGAGCCUUAAAGCUACACAAACCUCACUGCUGAGUGUAGUUUUUCGGGCUACAGGAAAACCAUUUCUGAAUAGGAAACAUGCAUCUAUACCUCAGCAAUCAAUAAUCCUCAGCAAUCCAGUUGAACAGGUUCUUAAUAAUUUCUGUGUAGUGGUUCUGUUUUUGGAAUCUGAAUCAGGUCUCAGAGCACAAAGCUGCCAAAGGCCUGUUUUCAAUCACCACGGCUUCCUCAGAAACCUCAUUAUGUAGUUUAGAAACCACAAAAAUGUGGAAACGUCAAACUUCCAUUCCCUGUAAUGUAACAGUUGGUGCGUAAUCCAUAUGCUUCUUUAUGUUGCCUUUUUAUCCAUUUGCCCCUUUGUUCCUGAUUCUCACCAUUCCUUCUCACUCACCACUACCUCCAUAUUUGGUGGCUUUUGUUUUGCUUCUCUUUGUGACGUCCUCAUUCUUUGUCUGUGUUUUGAAAUGCAGUUGAAUAAAUGUCUUAUAACCUUAACUAAGUUAAAAAAAAGAGUCACUAAACCAUAAUCAGUGGAUACUCAAAAAUUGGUUUCAUGUUUUUUGAAAGCAAACAAAGAAAUAGGCCUCUAGUUUGACUGAGGAAAUGAGACGGACAGGAGCAAAAGGCAUUUGUACUUAAAAAGUACGGCUGCCUGAAACGUCCACGUACAGCACUGUAAGCUAAUAAGUAUUAUAUAUUGUCUACACAGUGAGUCAAUUAAAACCAAAUUAACCUGAACAUGAAGCUCACAGUACUCUGAGCCCUAUUCAAUCUUAAAAAUAAAAGUGCUUAUAUAUUAUUAUAUUUAUAUAAUAAAGUGCUUUAUACAAAACGCAUUCAUCCUGCCUUGCCGUGUUGUGGAUUAACUAGUUACAUAUAAAGUAAUUAAAUUACUAAAUGUAUGUCAUGUAUUCAAUUCAGAAAAUUAAUUUUUUUGUAUCAAAAUGUUGGAGAUUACAAUAGGUUUCAUCCCCAAAAAUGUAUGUUGAACAAAUAAUUUACUUAAUGUUACAACCGCACGUUACAUUGAAGACAUUUCUAAAAGAAGUGCAACGGUAAUGGAUAUUGAGUGAUGUUUACACUGCUGUUUUAAGCUUUGUUUUAUGGAUUUGUCAGCUUAUUACCUAAUUUCAAACAUUUGUUAAAAAAAAUCUAAUAUAAUUAGUGAAAUUAUAUUGAUGAGUUAUCAGGGAAAUAAUUUGAAAUGUUAUCUGUAACCUAUGACAUUUCUAAAGUAACCUUUCCAACACCGCUUAUAAAUGAUUGUAAUCUGUGAACUAUAUUUUAUUUAUUUAUGUACUGCUUGUGUUAAAACAUAUUUAAAAAAAAGAUAUGUUAAAUUAUGAAAAAAAUGCAUAAAUAGAAAUCUGAAAACUGGAAAGUAUCCAACCUCAAUGUAUGGAAAACGUUUUUACAGAAUUUGUAUAAAAGAUUUGGUUUGACAAUCAUUUUAUAUUCUAACUUUAGAUUGUUACUGCUCCACUGAAAAAGAGUGCCAAGUUACUUCCUUAUUCACUGCUGUCAAACUAGAGGCCUGUGUCACCUGACCGUUCCACAAUCAGUCAAAGCUACUUUCUCCGCCAUAUCGGAGGACCAUGUGUUUCUAUGUGCAGAACGUAUCCGUCCAAACAAUAUUGACUAGAAUUGAGUUUUUGUGUCAUUUCACUGUGAACCUGUUUGCUUUUAAAAUGUUUGUUUGUGUGUUGACCUUGUUAGAUAGCAGCCUAGCAUCACUGUUGUUUUUGAAGAUGAGGCGAGGACUAGAGGCAAGACAUUUUAAUCAGCAGUGACCUCAAAUGUUGCCUUACAUUUACUGAACCAGCUGAACAACCAGAUGUAGAUUUCAGACUAGAUUAAAAUGUUCAGCUCUUAACUGGACAUUUUACUCAAUUGUUUUUUCUUUCUUUCUGUGUAGUCAUUAUUAACGUUGUAUCUUGAAUUCGACGGAGUUACAGUAGAUUCACCCAGUUUCUGGUCACAACCAGCUGAAUGCUCUUUUUUUUUGACACAUGUACUUUAUAUACUUUGUAGAGUUUAAAAAAAACAAAAAACCAUUAACUGUUGUUUUUGUUUAAAACAAUUGAUUGUUCUGUUAUUGUUUUUAGUGAUUCACUUCUUCAAUGACUUUUAAAGUAGUGACAGAUUUGAAAUGAAAUAUAAAAGUGAAGGAGCCGAAUGAAUGAAGAAUGAUACAAAACAUCCGGAUGGUUUUCUAUGGAACCAGUGUUUAGCUUGCCAAAGUAUUUUCGUCUAUGCAGCUGGGCUCGUGGUCCACUUCCUGGGACCACUUCACUUUCUACAUUUGUCUCCUCUAGCCUGCAUUCAUUUCACAGCUAAACCUACAGUAAAUCCCCUAAACUUUAAACUGCUAACACUACUCUUUAAUGUCUUUAGUUUAACUUCCAGACAGUCCCUGAGAGUCAAAUUGGUAAAAAUGUAACAUUUCUCUCCUGUUUGCUUUUAUUUACCUGCCUAUGAUGAACGAUUUGCAGGUCAGAGGUACAGAGAGGCACGUUUGGGCACUUUUUGAUCUCUUACUUGUGACAUUAUUUUAAGAUCAGUGCAAAACAGAUUCAAUUAACACAAAUCAGCAUGUGUCAUAUUUACUUAUUCAAUCACUGUGUGGGGAUGAUCAAAUAAUGCUUCAUUUAAUUUUGCUUUUUGCUUGAAUUGACUGGUCAUUUCUUUUGGUCAGUUGCCAGAAAACCCCGGCAUCUCAGUCUCACCCCUUUAGAUUUCCUCUGGCAGAAAAAAAAGUAAAACAAAUGACUUCAAUAUCGAGCCUCGUUAUUCUACUCUGCAAAGUGCCAUGCCCCUCUGACCUCAAUCUCGGCUUUCUCUUCAGCCUGAAACUGCACAAACACUAUGUGAAACCGGAUAGCUGAUGGUCUAUACAUCAUGAAGCUAAAAGUCCAACACCUCAUAAAAACUACUACGGGCCACCUCCAGCAAGAAUACCAGUCAUCACUUUUGAGUUUUGUGAAAGAAAUAUGUUAUUGCUUUUGGUCGCACAUAGUAAAUGUGUUUAUGUGCUCCAUAUGUUGUAAGAACCCUGUGUUAUCGUGCUCAUUUUUCAUUAUCUUGGCGAUCACAGCUAUAAAUCCGUUGUCUGGUGAUAUAUAUUUCUGUAUGGUGACAUGGCAACUCCUGGCCCAGGCCUUACAUCAGGAAAUAUGAGAAAUAUUUCAUUGCGGGGCUCUGCUAAACUUUCUUUCUCCAGACCUUUAAGGUUGCUGCACUUAAACCUCUAUUGCCUCUCUUCAAUUCUUAAAGCUCUGUCCUUCCUACACAAGCUACACCUUUUUUAUAUAAAUACAUACUUCUGUUUUUAGUCAUUUUACAAGAUGUUCUAACAAGGCCAGUGACGCCACAAGAUCUUACAUUAAGUCAUGCUGCUAGAGAAAUUAAUGUCAUUUUUUGUGUUUUUUUUUUCCUUUGUUGAAGUAAUUUUGAAUCUGUAUCAAAAGAGGCACAUUUUUUCUAUCAAACCAACAAUAAAGAAGUAAUGUGAAAACAA